AGGCGUGGAGGCGGCGCACGGGUGCAGUUUCUCGAGUCUCUUUCCCCUGUCUUUGUUUCAUACUCUUUUGUUAGCCAUGCCGAGCCUGCUGGUUCUAGCAGGGAUCAUGGAAAAGAAUGGGGGCUACGGCGGAGAGCUGGCCGUCUCCGGAUUCGGAAGCGAGGGGCUGCAUGUGCCGCCCGACGAGGAGGAAGAAGAAUCCCGGGCUCUGAGGGUCGCGCUGGGUCAGUUGUCGCUACUGGGUCUCGGGGAACCUGAGGACGGCGGUGGCGGGGCUCCUGCAACUGGAUCCCAAGACCGGAGUAACAACAUCAAUAACCAUCACAACACCAUCGGAGGAGGAAGCGCCGGGGAUACAGGGCUUUUGCCAGGAAAAAGCAAGUUAUCCGUCCUGUAUGACGGUCCCCCAUCUGACACGAAAGGACGAGGCUCGAAUAUAACCGAAUGCGUCCCCGUGCCCAGUUCUGAACAUGUGGCCGAAAUAGUAGGGAGACAAGGGUGCAAGAUCAAAGCCCUGCGCGCCAAGACCAACACGUACAUUAAGACCCCGGUGCGGGGCGAGGAGCCGGUCUUCCUCAUCACAGGGCGCAAGGAGGACGUGGCCCUGGCGCGGCGCGAGAUCAUCUCCGCGGCCGAGCACUUCUCCAUGCUGCGGGCCUCCCGCAACAAGCUGGGUGCCUCCUUCAACGGCUCGCCCCCGACCCCGCUGCCCGGGCAGACCACCAUCCAGGUGCGCGUGCCGUACCGCGUGGUGGGGCUGGUGGUGGGGCCCAAGGGCUCCACCAUCAAGCGCAUCCAGCAGCAGACCUGCACCUACAUCGUCACGCCGAGCCGCGACCGUGACCCCGUCUUCGAGAUCACCGGCUCGCCCGGGAACGCCGAGCGCGCCCGCGAGGAGAUCGAGUCGCACAUCGCCUUCCGCACCGGCGGUCUGCACGACCUCAACAACGAGAACGACUGCCUGGGUACAGAGGGCGGCAACGGCGGGCUGGAGGGCCGGCUGCCGCAGGUGUGGGGGGGCGAGCCGGGCGGUCAGCGCAAGCCCCUCGCCAGCAGCUACCGCCAGAACUUCUCAGACGCCCUGGUAAGCGGAGGAGGGGGAGGGGGAGGCGGAGUGGGGGUCUACAGCAAGAGUGACUUCCCCACAGCUGGCCAGAAAGCGUGCCCCUACAUUGGCUCAGAAGGGACCCCCUGCUGGGGAGACCCCGACUACCCCAAACAGGCGGCCUACUACGCCCAGCAGCGCUCCAAGAGCUUCGGUGGUCUGCCGCUGUCCUUAACCAGACUCUCCCCGGGGCUUCCCGAACCCUGCCCCACUGCCACGCCUGGCGUGCCGCCCCAUGCCCAGGCCCGGCGGGCCCACAGUGAGCCCAUCUCCGCCAGCAUGGGCUUCCCCGGGCGACUGCCUGUGCCUGACUCGCCCCCCGCCGCCACCCGGGACUGCAUGAGCUGCUUCGAGAGCAAGGUCACGGCCGCCCUGGUGCCCUGCGGUCACAACCUCUUCUGCAUGGAGUGCGCCAUCCGAAUCUGUGAGCUCAGCCAGCCCGAGUGCCCCGUCUGCCACACCCUCGUCACGCAGGCCAUCCGAAUAUUCUCCUAAACCCUCUCCCCGUCGCUCUGCUCUCAGCAUUCUUUUCAGCAUGCUUUCUUUUUUUACAAUUAUGGUUUCCCCCCCUUGGAAAAAUGUUACAGACGAGCAGAUA